CGCUUCUUCUUAUUCUGUGUUAUGAUACAAGCUGACUCAACUCUUCAAACAUGGACUACAUCAAUACUACACAGACAGAACCAAAAAACAGCACGAACAUCAGCAGCGUGUUCACACAUCAGGUUCUGCCAGUGCUCUACACCAUCAUCUGCGCUUGUGCCUUCAUUCUCAAUGGACUCGCCACUUGGAUCUUCUUCAGGGUUCCUACCUCCUCAGCCUUAGUAGUUUACCUAAAAAACAUGGUGGUGGCAGACAUUCUGAUGUUGUUUACCUACCCGUGGCGUGUAGUGGGUGACCUCGGUUACGGCGGCUUGCAGUUGAAGCUGAUAGUUUGCCGCUUCACAGCUGUGCUUUUCUACCUCAGCAUGUACACAGGAAUAACCUUCAUGAGCCUCAUCAGCUUGGAACGCUACUUCAAAAUCGUGCGCAGUACCUCCAGUGUGUCUUCUUUUCUGCAGCGUGUUUCGGUAGCGAAGGCUCUCGCUCUGCUAACUUGGUGCGUCAUGAUGUUCUUCAUGCUUCCGAACACCAUAUUAACCAACCAGCCGAUGCCUAAGGUUUUCUCCUGCAUGGCCCUGAAGAGCAACCUGGGUCGGCGCUGGCACGAAGUUUCAGCCCACUUCAAUGUUGGAAUCUUCUGGGUGGCGUUCCUGCUGAUGGUGUUUUGCUACACCUCCAUCGCUUGUCACGUUUACCGCUCUUACAAACGCGUGCAGCAGAACAGCAGUAAGGCGAGACAGCGAUCAAAUCGUAGCAUCUUUAGCUUGCUGGCUGUCUUUGUCUUCUGCUUUGUUCCGUACCACGUUUGUCGUGUGCCCUAUACACUUAGCCAAAACCACAAGGAUGAUUUUAGCGCCUACAACCGCUUCAUUCUCUUCCAGGUCAAAGAAGCUACGCUCUUCCUGUCCGCCCUUAAUGUGUGUCUGGAUCCUGUCAUCUACUUUUUCAUGUGCAGGACAUUCAGAGAGUCACUUUUGCAAAAGAUGCCAUCGGUAAACCGUGAAAACAGGCGGCCUUCAAUAGGCACUGGGCUCAGUAUCAGCAAUCUGUAAAGACUGAGCAACAAAGUAAAACGAGCAUUAACCAUUUGCAAGAUGGAAAAGAUAUUUUGAUUUGAAACCACAUACCUAGCUGUGGUUUCCUUGCAUGUGAAAAUGCAGCAUGAAGAGAUGGACCGGAAGAAGGUCGAAAACGAAAUGGUGUUUUCCAAAAAACCGUGUCAACCACAGCUCUCAAAACUGUUUACUGAAGAAAAGUCAACACUUAACUGGAGAGUUCACCUAUAAAUAGAAAUUCUGACAUAAUUUUUUCACUCUCAUCUCAUUUUAAAUCUUGUACUAAUAAAAAUAAACGUUGCUGCUGUUUUCACAGCGGUACCAUUGAAGAACCAUUUUUGGUUCCCUGAUGAACAUUUUAAUGAACAGUUCUAAAAAGAUGCAAUUUUCUUAUUGUGAAGAACAUUUUAGAAAACCUUUUCCACUAUAAAGAACCUUUUGUGUAAUAUACACAUUCCAAGGAUGUUAAAGGUUCGUCAAAGAACCGUAGAUGUUUGUGUACUUCCUUCUAUGGAAUAUAUAGUAAAUGGUGACACUUUGAAGACUAUUCAAGACACUCUUUUCUGUACAUUAAAAGUGAAUGAGAACUGAGAGCAGCAAACUCCAAAAUGACAAAGAAGCAACAUUAAAUUAAGUCCGAAACAUAAGUCUUUAAUUCACAGAAAAUCUUUCAGCAUGCAGUUUUAAAAAUCAAAUAUGGCCUCAUUACAGGAUGACGACAUCAUUAUAGGAGGUCUGACGUGAUUAUAUUAGGACAUGAGAUCAGUGCUCUUGAUUGUAGUUCAUACGAAUUUUAUAGUUUAUUUCAAAGGCAGAAGGCAAGAUUAUGGUGAAUAUCACCUUAUAUUAUAUGGCAAAGAACUGCAAAAACAAGUCUUUACAAAUUCUUCACAGAACAAAAAAGCAUUAUACAGAUUUGGAACAAUUUGGCAUUUUGGUUGAUCUGUUCCUUUUAAAUUGCACUUAGCACAACCCCACGCAUUUCACACUUCUGAUGUUUACAUGGUAAGCCUCAGCAUCGUUGCAAAGAUUGUUCUUUCUUUUUUUUUUUUUUCCCCCACCACAAGGUGGAUGCCUAUUGGCUCUGGAGAGACAGAAUGUGUUUAUAUAUAACAGUUGAUUAAUGUAGAAACCAUUUCCGUUGGUUUUGUCCUGUGUGAGGCUGUACAGCCCAUAAUUAAUUUUCUCAUGCACUCACAUUCUCCUUUCACACGCGCGCAAACACAUUCUCUAUUCACAUAUAUGUUCCUACUUGUGUUGUAUGUAUAUAUACACUGUAAAAAAAAUUCAGUAAAAUUUACGGUAAAAAAACGACAGCUGUGGUUGCCGGAAUUCUACUGUAAAAAAUACGGUAACAACAUUUGAGGUUUUACGGUUUUAACUUAAAUUUACAGUUAAAUACUGUAAUUUCAUUAACUGAUAUAAUGUUAAUAUACCGUAUUAGAACAGUAUUCUAAACAGUAUUCUAAAGUGUUACCAUUAGAUCAUUUAUGUAUUGAUAAAUCAAUGUAUCGUGUAUCGAUUGGAGUGUCCUUGUGGUUGUUUUUACAUAGGGAUGACUAAAAGGAAAUUAAAGACCAGGGCCCGUAUUCAUGAAAAAUCUUAGCGCUAAGAGUUGCUCCUAGUAACAAAAUUCUAAGAAAAUUCUUAGAAAUGUGGGUGUUUCCCCUUAAAAUUAAAGAAAAGAUCCUAGUAAAGAAAAAAGUAAUUCAGAAAGCAUCUUAACCCUUAAAAGAGGUCUUAAGGUCCAAAAUUGUUAGAGUACUGACGAGGACUUUUAAGAGGCUUAAGAGUUUCUUUAGCUGUGGAUAAAAUGGAUUAAACAUGAAGAGGGAGAAGAGAUGUGUUGCACACAAUGCAUGACAGUGAGUUAAUAAGACGCUACACAUUAGAUCGUGCAGGGAUCAUGUUUGUGACCGAUCUUAUAGAUUUACGCUAACAUCUCCGACACCGCGCAGAAAUGCCAUAGCGCCAGAAAUGGACUUAAUCACUACAUUAACUACAUUAACAUAUUUGGCAACUGGAAAAAUGCAACUCUGCUGUAGCGAUGAUUUGGGUCUGUUACAGCACUUUCAGAACCUCAUUGUGUCGCUGUUCAUUUCCUAUAAAAUACGUUAAAUAUGACAGUAUGGUAAAUAGAAAAAUAAAGAAUAUAUAUACAUAUAUAAUGUGUGUGUGAGAGAGAGAGAGAGAGAGUACAGUAAAACAGGAAAAAUUACACCUGUAAUUUUAAAGUGAAGGCUUAUAAUAAACCCUACUCUUAAAAGCGCUCUUUUAUUUCCUUCUUGGAUAACCAACCAAUCACAGUCUUCAAAAGACUGUGUCAUCGCUAGCAACGGGGUCAGCCCCGCCUCCUCACUGAGAUAAAAGUUUUUAUCUUUUCCUCGCUCGGAGUUACUCUCAGAUUGGUCCUGAAUCACUUUUUAACUAAGACUCCUAGUUAGAAAAUUUUAAGCUAAAUUAGGAGCUCUCUGAGAGGAUUCUUAGAAACUUUUUUACUCUAUCACUUCCUCUUAUUGACUUAGGAAUGUGUUCUAUACCAACUAUUUUCAGUGUACUAGGACUGCCAUGAUUUUUAUCUCUAUAUGAAUGGCCUUCUUAUGUUCUGCUAAUCUGGGCCCGUAUUCAUGAAAAAUCUUAGUGCUAAGAGUUGCUCCUAGUAACAAAAUUCUUAGAAAAUUCUUAGAAAUGUGGGAGUUUCCCCUUAAAAUUAAA